UCAUCAGCCGAGUCUAUACAACCUUCACAACCUUUACCCGUAUAGAAGCGUAUACGAGAGCCCAGAGGACAAUUAUCCGAACAAAUGACGGUGUUUCACACCGUCGGCGUCUGUGCUGGUGUAGAUCAAUUAGGGCUCGGUCCGCGUCGUGGGGAAGAAUUCGCGGGGCCCCUCGGUUUUCUGCCUUUGGUGUUUCAUCCAUGGAUCGCGUAUUUGGACCAUUACAAGAGUGUAUGUUGAUGCGCAUAGGGAGGGAAGGAGAGGUAUAUAAACUGCAUCAUACCCCAGUCGCAAAUCCUCCGAUCAUCCUUUCACAUCGUUUAGAGCAAUGCAUUUUCUCACUUCCAUCACUAGGCUAAGUGCCAUUGCCGCCAUCACUGUUUCUAGUGUAACCGCUGCUCCUGCAUCUACUUCGCUUCAAACUAGAGCAGACAGUUAUGUCGGAUACCUUGUUUCCACCUUCUCGGAUGUAACACCUGCUGUCCAAUUCCACCUUUCCAAGGGCAAUGAUGCUGGCAGUUAUACUUUUUUGAACAAGGGUCAGCCGGUUUUGAAGUCGACUGUGGGGACCAAGGGUGUGAGAGAUGUGUUCUUGGCUCAUGAUAGUGCGAGGACGAAUUACUAUAUGAUCGCUACUGGUGAAACAGAUCUCGAUAUCAAUGCUGCAGGAUUCAGCUGGGAUGCCGCAACAAGAACAGGAAGUCGUGGUAUCGUGGUUUGGAGUUCCAAAGACCUGAUCAACUGGUCUGCAUCCUCUCUCCGCACUGUCGAGAGCGCAAACGCAGGCAUGACCUGGGCACCCUCGGCAGUCUGGGACGACGCAACAUCCCAAUUCUACGUCUUCUGGUCUUCCCGCCUCUAUGCCGAUUCCGACCCCAAACACACUAGCGUUGCCUCUCUCGACCGCAUCCGUUACACCACAACCAAAGAUUUCGUCACCUUUGCAGCGGCAAAGGAUUAUCUUGCUCUUGCCAACACACCUCUCAUCGACCAAGAAUUCCAAUAUCUAGGCAAGACAGGCUCCUUCGCACGUUUCUUGAAGAACGAGACGGUGAAUCAGGUCUAUGUCGAGACGACGACUGGUGGUUUGUUUGGCAAGUGGACCCGUACACCUGGAUAUGUGAGACCAGAGAGUCCGAGAGAAGGUCCUGCUUCGUUUGUUGACAACGUUACUCCUGGACUCUAUCAUCUGCUGUUGGACGAUUACACUCAGUAUGUGCCUUAUCAGUCUACCGACCCGGCAAAGAGUGGUGCUUGGACUGCUUCGAACUACCCCAACUUCCCUAAGGGUCUGAAGCAUGGAUCAGUGACUCCGUUGACACAAAAGGAGUACAAUGCUGUUGCCGCAAAGUAUCCCGCUUAA